AUGGGAGCUGAGAUGCUGCUCUAUUUUCUUGGUGAAGAAAGACCACAAGAUGAGCAUUUACGGUUAAUGCUUCUGUCAGAUCGUGGUACCGGUGGAACGUGCAGAAAGGGGUCAUGCAUAUACCCAUUUAACAAUGCCUUUUGUGUCAACUACCUAAUUGUCAAAGAUAAUGGAACUAAUUUAAUUUUCUUAUGCUUUAUUGUUGCUGUUUCUUUGGCUGUGCGCGUAUAUGAUGCCAGUAACCAGUGGAAAUUACAACGGCACUGUUUAUGUCAUAUUGGAGAUCUCGCAUGCCUCAAGGCAUUCGAAAUAGUUGAUUGUGAAAGAAUGAAACUUUUACUAAUGUUUAGUGGACUAACAUUUGAAACACGUCUUGAGAAAGAUUUCUUUAACUGA